AUGCAUCCCUGGAAUUCCACUGUGGGAUCUGCAUCUUUGAAGCUGAUGCUAAAAUUACUGCCGAGGCUCUUCCAAAGGCGGAUACUGAUAGAAGAUUCAAUGAAAUCGAAGGUCGCCAGUCUGUUCACUGCUGUGAUGGCCCUGCCGCCUCCGGAUCCACAGUUUGUGCUCAGAGGUACCAGUGCUCCAGUCCACACUCUGCAUUUUUCCUGUGGAGACCCAGAACCCGAUCUCCCCCUUCUUUUCUCUGGGUCUGAGAAUGGGCUUAUCCAUGUCUGGAACCUGAAAACACACAGAGUGGACACAACAUUGGAUGGCCAUGGAAGAAAAUCUGUCUGCUGCGUGGAGACAAUGGGUGGUAAAGAUAGGCUUCUCAGUCAGGGGCGCGACCAGAGGAUCUGCUUGUGGGAUUUAGCAGAGGGACGGACUUCAGUGACGGAUUCUGUCUUCACGGAGCAUGUGGGAUUCUGCAGAUGCUCUCUGUUAAAGGUGGCACAGAGACGCUGGCUAAUGGCCAUGGCAGCCAGAAGCCUGGAGGAGGUUCAGAUUUUGGAGCUGCCAUCCAAGACGUCAGUCUGUACCUUGAAGCCAGAGGUGGGUGCCAAGCUGGGCAUGCCCAUGUGUCUGAAAUUAUGGCAGCUCAGCUGUGGUUCACAACCUGUGCUUCUGGCUGGCUAUGAAGAUGGAUCAGUUGUCCUCUGGAAUGUGUCAAUGGGAAAAGCAUUGAGCCAACUCAUUUGCCACCAGGAGCCAGUGAUGAGCCUUGACUUUGACUCGGAGAAGGCCAAAGGGAUCUCGGGCUCAUCUGAAAAGGUGCUUAGCAUCUGGAGCCUCAAUGAGCAACAGAACCUCCAGGUUUACAAAACACACGAACUUGUCAACGCUGGCAUAUCUGAUAUCACCAUCCGUCCAGACAAGAAGAUUUUGGCAACAGCAGGGUGGGAUCAUCGCAUCAGGAUCUUUGGCUGGAAAAAGCUGAAGCCCUUAGCAGUACUGGACUAUCACACAGCAACCGUCCACUGUGUGUCCUUCUCAGACCACAGCAGCCCCCGGGAGACACUGCUGGCAGCUGGCUCCAAAGACCAGCGCAUCAGUGUCUGGUCCAUAUAUGCUCAGACGUGACACAUCCUGCACUGCCAUGGACUAGGAAAAGAGGACUGCUGAAGCAAUUCCUAGCACUGCAAUUCAAACGUGCAUGUGGGAAAAUGGUAGAAUCUGUCUCCAGGCUGAAGUGAGAGUCCUAGGUUAAUUCUUAUGCUGCUUGUUUAAGCUGUAAGUUUUGCCUUCCAUAGAGGAAAGUGGAUUUUUAAAAUUUAUUACAAGCACAACAAGACCAGUCACAAAAAAAGACCAAAGUUGCUUUGGGUUCUGCUACAGGUUUUGCAACACAUUUCCUUUGGCAGGUUGCUGACAUAACUUGUGCCAAUAUCUUUUGUAAAAAAGGACUGGAAUCCCUCAAACUGCAGUGGGGGCAGAAUAUGUCUGUUUGUAAGUCAUUUAUGUA